AUCUAGUUCUUACACAUUGCUUUUCUAGUUUGCAAACCUACCAAACACAUCCUAAAAAAAUUAAAAAAAAAACUAUAUAAUUUAUGCAAGCUGUUCAUUUUUAUAUAUAAUCCUAAGUAUUCUAUUUGAAUGCUUUUCAAGGGUUUGCUAGAUGUAUGAAUUUAAUCUGCCUAUCGAUCUAAUUAUGCAUUCUAUAGUCUGCGCUCUGCUUGUUUAUUCAUCCAUAACCGUCUAUUAUCUAUUAGAAAUCCAUAAUUACAUUCCUUGAGACGAUAAUGGUAUUCUGUUAGCGCCACAUUUUAAAUGCCACACAAAAGCACAAAACUUUCCACACGUACAUAGACUAGAUGAAGGGGUUGUAUGGUUACGCCCAUACCCUGUUAGCUUUUAGCAUUAAGGCAUUUUAUAAGUCAUGACCCUAGGCAUAAGGCUUUAAUAAUUUAUUAACCACAAAACGAAAGCACACAAAACUGAAUUCCAACUAAGCAACAGGACACAAUAAAUGUUAAAUAGAAGAAACAAAAAAACUGACUACACCCAUUGCAAUUGUUUUUUACGGGGGAAACAAUCCAAGAGUGAGGAAAGGAGGAGGAGGAGGAAAUGAACCUCUCGCAUAAGGUCAACUGGGCCAUUUCGUAGACUAUUUUUGUACAUGCAUAUUUGAUAUAAGCUGACAAACGGGCCGCAUAAUGUUAAGUGGACUAUUAACUUUUUUAUGCCGAUGCCGUGUAUGUGACGUCAUGCUUCUGCCCAAAUUAGCCAAUUAUAUCAGAGAAAUGAGCUCAUUGAGGCAGCAGGAGAAGGCGGAGCAACGUGAAACAAUUGGUAGCAGUUCUAUGGAAUUUUAGACUAGCAAAGUUGCAUGUUUAAUGUGACUCUAAAGGAUUAGCUAUUUAUUGGCUGUCAGUCAACUCGUCAUGGGCAAACAGAAAUCACAGAGUUUGGCACUGUGACCUCCUGCUCCGUUUGCUCCUUUUUCCAGUUGCUUCGCUUGCCUUUAGCUUUUCCCUUUGGCCAUUUGUGUUGUGGUCACUGUGGUGAUAUGGCGACGCGUCCCCAUUUGUGGGGCCUCGCCUUCUUUGCGCUGUUGUGAGCGCUGUCAGUUUGGCGACAACAAUGAGCACGGCCAGACCAAGAGUGCUGGCCACACGCGAACCACAACUACAACUACAACAACAACAAGAACGAACACUUUGCUUAUCGAUUUUCUUGAUACACAUCAACAACGAGCCUUGGCCAGUUAAAAUAUCACUACAAAACAAAAGCAAAUACUUAACAGACAGCUGCGAUAGACAGGCAGGCGUUUGAUGCCUGCCUGAGACGAGAACGGCCUCUCGAUGAGCAUGUUGGGAUUUGUGUACUUGGUCCUCAUACUGGGCUGGAUAUUGAUCGUGCUGUUUCUCAAGUGUAAAAAGUCACUGACGGCGCCGUUUCGCUUCAGCGAGAACUACACCGAUGCCAUCGCUGAGACCGGAGAGCGUCGUCCCUCGGUGCAUGUGAUACAGCUGCAGAGCGAGGAUAUCGAACAGGAGGAUCACUAUAUGAAUAACUUUCAUCGACAGUCAGAUAACUUGCAGCGUUACUCGCAUCGUUCAACCCUCGAGGAGCGCACCAUCGAACGCACGUAUCCCACAGAUGCCGUCAUUAAUCCCGCCUUCAUGCACGACGAGGACUAUGUCAUCAACGCGCCACCGCCCACGUAUGAGGAGGUAAUGCGACAGCCGCAAGUUUAUCCGCAGGCGCGUCGCAAUAACCAUAAGAUUAGCGAUGCAAAUAUCUAAGGAA